AUGAUUUUAUAUGUCUCUUCAUAGUGCCUAUGUAUGAGUGGUUGUGAAGAGGAAGAAGCAAAUCGUGAAUUUGAAAGAAAUUUCAUGCGGAAACAUCCACAAAUGAUGAAAAAAUGCAUUGUGGCCAGUGACACUCUUGGUCCAUUAUAUGCUGCUACUCCUAAUGGUGGUUUAGUGCUUAUUGCUGGAACUGGAUCUAAUUCUUUAUUAGUCAAUCCAGAUGGUACAACCGGUCGAUGUGGAGGCUGGGGUCACUUACUUGGUGAUGAAGCUUCUGCAAUGUGGAUUUCCUUAAAAGCAGUGAAAACGGUGUUUGAUUCAGAAGACAAUUUGGUUCUCUGUCCCUAUGAUGUAUCAAAAGUCAAGGAGCUUAUGCUUCAGCAUUUCAAAGUUAAUGACAAGUUUGGAAUACUGGAGCACUGUUAUGCCAACUUCAAUAAAACCAGCUUUGCGGGUCUUUGUGCAAAACUGGCUGAAGCUGCAAGAACAGAAAAAGAUCCUCUUUGUUGCCAUAUAUUUUAUGAAGCUGGAAAAGUAUUAGGUGCUAUGGUUGUUGCACUUAAACCCAAAGUUCAUAAAGAAUUGCUUGAAAGUGAUAAUGGUUUACCAAUUGUUUGUGUCGGUUCAGUUUUCAAAAGCUGGGAUUUACUAGAGAAAGGUUUUAUAGAUGGAAUCAAGAACCAUUAUAAUAAAUGUACUUUAAUGACACUUAACUGUUCUGCUGCAAUUGGAGCUGCAUAUUUAGGGGCCAAACUAGUUGGUUUUGAAUUACCAUUAGAUUACAAGAAAAAUGUGUCAAUACUUUACACUUAUGCAUCAUCUAAAUAAAUCUCAGAAAGUAUCAAUC